AUGCCCAAUCUCGAAACAAGCCAAUCAAUCGGGUUGGAGACUCCCGCUAUAUCUCUUGGAGCUCCUUCUCGUAGUUCCAGUCCCGAGAGUGAUACGUUGAGCCCGCCACUCUCAUCUGGCUCUUUCAAGCGGUCACUCAAAAGUCGUAUUGUGCCACCGACGUUAGUUGGCAUUUCAGAGGAGGGGGUAGUGCAGAAGUUUGUUAAGAUGACUCCGACUAUGAAUGUUUUGGGUAAAGGCAAUGGUUUGGAACUUACCACUUUUACUCAAUAUGAAGCUGUUCCUCAAUUGAUCGAUAUUUCUAUUCCUUCAAAGGAUAAUGAAAUUGAUACCACAGAAGCUAAUGAACAACCUAUACUCAUGAUACUCAUGAUGACGCGUUCCGCCAGUGUAGGAUCACAAUCUGCUCCCGGUAAGAGACCAAAAGUCAAGACAUACAGACCCUCUAAACCUUUGGCACAUCAAGAGGGGCGCAAGUUUAAGCAGACUGAGAACGAAAACGAUGACAUUUUUGAAGACGCACUUGUUGGAUCAAAAACCUAUAUAGAAGCCUACUCUAAUUUCAAUACUGCGCCAUCAACACCAACAAAGCGUUUAUCAGCGACUGAGAAAUUUGAUAUGGAUGGAUCACACGAUACUAAGCCCGAAUUUCCCACUGGUACAACUAUCAAAGACUUUGGUGCGUUGCCCGACCAUCUUAGAGGGCCUUGCCUUGAAGUCAGCCCUAGAACUAGCCUUUUGGAUGGUCCAUCUGGUGUUCCGAACGUGGAUAAACUUUUGUCUAUGAACAAGCGUGAUAGCUCCCUAGAAUCAUCGCUCAUGAGACCUCUCGAAGCAGUACCUGAAGGCUCGAUAGUAACAUCUUCAUUGUCAGAGGUGCCGACAGAAGUAACGGAAGACAUCAUCGGACAAUCGGAUGGUCCUGCUCAAGUUCCAUCUAUUGCAGCUAUUGAACCAAAUGUUGGUGGCGAUUCUCCAAUUCCAGAGUUGCCCGUCGCCCCAAUUGCAAAAGAUAAGAAGGAUGAAAAGCGCACACAUAAAGUUAUUAAUAAGUUUCGAUCGGGAGUACGCAAGGGUAGAUAUCGUUGCCUAAGAACACCUGUAUUGGUGGUGAUUCUAGGAAAGGAGCUUUCAAAGCCAACCAAAGUAGCCAUUCAGAAUAUCGCAAACGGAUUGCCGUCAGGAAUUGGUGAUGUAAAUCCCCUUCCCGUGUGA